UACUUCACUUCCUGUUCACUAUUAAACACAAGAAAGCACCGGGGGUCGGUAUCAAACUAACAAAUGUCUUUUUGCUUCUUAUUUAAACAAGCAAACUUGUGAUGUUUUCGCAGUCUGCACAUGAUGUACAUAUCCCUUGAGAUUUCUGCAUCUCUCGUGGUCUCCACUUAUCAGACUGCCCGAUUCUCGCGUUACUUAUGAAGGUCUCUCCCUGUGGGUGUCACUCAGGUCUGAUGCUGCAGCUGCUGCUUCCUGUAUUGAAGCACUCCCAGCCCAAACCAAAGCACAUUUUCUCUCCGCAGCCUCACACCCUGAACUCCAGCACGAAGGUAUUUGUUGCUCGGAGGCUGCUGUCCUUCGGAGGGAACCCAGUGUAGUCUGCGUCCCGGUGUAUCUACCCGGUGUGUGGACUUGAAGCUGUGGAGCUGCACGUUGAUUUUCAGGAGCUGGUUUUAGCUAGUAGCAGCUAGACAGCUAGUUGUAGCAGCAGGUAGAAAACCCAGAAGAAGCAGAAAACUAGACAUGUGGAAGCUAUAAAUGCACCGGAUAACAACCUGUCCUGUAGAGACCCCCUCGGUAUGACAAGGUUUACCAAAACAGCUGACUGACAUGCUACAGACAGAAUACUAACUUUGCUAACGUUAGCUAGCCCGUGUAUUCAGAGCUGCUUCUGUAUUCUGUAUCUUAUUGACUGCUUUCAGAUUAAAUUCAAGGUUGAUUUUUGUAGCAUCAUCAGCUUUAGUGUAUUAAGAAGGUCGCCUAGUGUAGUUCUUGACAUGGCUCCCAAAAGAAGACCCGUCCCCCUGAACAUUAAGCCCAUUGGGGAGGGACAGGCCAUCUCCAACACCAUCGAUGCUGCAUCUGAAGCCAACCUUGAGGCCUUACAGAAGAAGCUGGGUGAGCUUGACCUGGAUGAACAACAGCGGAAACGACUGGAGGCCUUCCUCACCCAGAAAGCCCAAGUUGGGGAACUGAAAGAUGAGGAUUUUGACCCCAUAUGUGAGCUCGGUGCAGGGAACGGAGGGGUGGUCAACAAGGUCCGCCACAAACCAUCGGGUCUGGUCAUGGCUCGAAAGUUGAUUCACCUGGAAAUCAAGCCUGCGAUCAGAAACCAGAUUAUCAGAGAGCUGCAGGUGCUGCAUGAAUGCAACUCCCCUUACAUCGUCGGCUUCUACGGGGCCUUUUACAGCGAUGGGGAGAUCAGCAUCUGUAUGGAGCACAUGGAUGGAGGAUCCUUGGACCAGGUACUGAAGGAGGCCAGAAGAAUUCCAGAAGAAAUCUUGGGGAAAGUUAGCAUAGCUGUACUGAGGGGAUUAGCCUACCUGAGAGAAAAGCACCAGAUCAUGCACAGAGAUGUCAAGCCCUCCAACAUCCUGGUCAACUCUCGCGGGGAGAUCAAGCUGUGCGACUUUGGCGUGAGCGGCCAGCUCAUAGAUUCCAUGGCCAACUCCUUUGUUGGAACGCGCUCCUACAUGUCGCCGGAGAGACUGCAGGGCACUCACUACUCGGUUCAGUCUGACGUAUGGAGCAUGGGUCUGUCCCUGGUGGAGCUGGCAAUUGGCCGCUACCCCAUCCCCCCACCAGACACUAAAGAGCUGGAGGGCAUCUUUGGACGGGCCGUCAUGGACGGGUCCGAGGGAGAGCCUCACACCAACAUGCCGAGGUCCAGACCACCAGGCAGGCCUGUGAGCGGACAUGGGAUGGACAGCAGACCUGCCAUGGCCAUCUUUGAACUCUUGGACUACAUCGUGAAUGAGCCGCCCCCUAAACUGCCACUUGGAGUCUUCACCAAUGACUUCCAGGACUUUGUGACAAAAUGUUUGAUUAAAAAUCCAGCUGAGAGAGCAGACCUGAAGAUGUUGAUGAGUCACACAUUCAUCAAACGAUCAGAGGUGGAGGAAGUGGACUUUGCUGGCUGGUUGUGCAAAACCAUGGGCUUGAACCAACCUAGCACUCCCACCCGCGGCACUGAGUGAACAGGCCCCCACUGCCCUGACACACUUCUGGGUCUUGCUUGCAUACACAUAAAUAUGCUGCACACGCGCAUACACAAGCCAUUACACACACACACACACACACACACACACACACACACACACACAGGCACUUUUUUCAUCUUGCUUUUGAGUAAAACGGUUUUUGGCCUCCCCCUCAUUUUUUUCUCCACCAGCAGCAGGGCCCGUUGAGUCAUUGUACUGUAAGACCACAGCUUCACCAUGCCACCGACAAGAGUAGCCACAGCUCACUUUUCCACACUGCUACAGAGGAUGUAAAGCACUGAAGGGCUGCUAGUGUUUCAGCUGAAAUGCAUUGAUUGAAAAACUUAUUUUGUAUUGUUGAAUAUUCUGUAUUAAUCUUUUCUAUGGAAAGAGGUGAUGGCUUGUGGGACUGUAUUUUAAUAAAUGACCUGCUGUAGUAAUUUCCAAACAGAAUUCCCGUCAUAUUAUGUACUUGCAAUUUCUAAUUUUUAUGAAGGGCCAUGCAGUUAUUUUGAUUUAAAAAUCCCUUUGUCAAACGUAUUUGUGCUGAAAUUACCUCCACAAUAUGAUAAUCAAGAUAUGUGAGUCCAGAGAAAAGCAAAUGGGUGUAUUAGGAGUCAUCUUCAGUUUAUGCUAAAUGAGAAAUCACUCUGAAGAUCAAUUUUUGGACAAUGUUACAAACCAAAGAGGGUACUCAUGACUACUAAAGUUCUCAAUGCCUGAUAAUUUUUUGUAUGCACAUUCAUGAACAGUAUAUCAAUGUAAUUUGAAUGUUUUCUGUUUUCAUUCAGUGAUCUACACUCUGAAUGUGUUGACAUUGUUUCCUCAGCAUACAUUUCAAUUUACAUCCUACACUAUGUCUCGCACAUAGGUGGAGGCAUAUGCUGUGGAGGCCUGAUAUAUGCCAGAAUGUCUUUAUGGACAUUGAGAAAACAAUGCUCAAAAUGUAUUCAUGGUAUGAUAUAGCAUGGUUUAUUAUCUUCUUAUACUGUGUGUAUUUUCUUUCCCGAGAUCACGAUGGGGAUAAUUAGCUGUUUUUAUCAAAAGCCUGAAUCUCUGCUAUGUCGAUAUGAAAUUUCAAUCACGUUGACUAAUUUUACUUUUUUGGGGUUUUUUUUGGUGUUGGUCUGUAGUUUCCCCAGAAGUGUAUUUGGUUAUGUUUUCACUGUACUGCUACAUGUGGCGCUCCAAGCUUUGUCUUGGGGCACAGCCAGCCUAGUGACGUGCUUUUGAAAAAGGCUUGGGUUAAAAUACAAUCGACAACCUUUUCUCUUAUUUUCAACAAGUUAACUGUGGUUAAAGUUUCAAGUAAGUUUAAUUGGAACUGCAGAAGUUUGAAGUAAUUGAAAGGGUUUGAUUUGAACGUUUUAACCCUGGUCCGUGUUGGUCACAUGGUGAUGGUGGUGUUACUUGCUAGCCUGCCUUCUUGCUAGAGCUCUUGUAUUCUCUCUGCUUAUGGCUGCCCUUUCCUAUUCCCUCAGAUAAUGUGCAUUCUUACAGAGCAAAAUGAAUGCAUUUUCACUUGUAUGUGUACAAAGCUAUAUAAAAAAAUACAGGAGUACUAUUUUGCAGUCUUAAUAUACAAAUUUUUGAUUUA